AUGGUCCGUCUUGCUGCCGUUGCCGCCGUUGCGGCUGCCACCCUCGUUGUCGCCCACCCCGGCGAGCACCACGACCACGCCCAGGUCAAGCGCGAGGUCUUUGCUCGCGAUGUGCUUGCUUCCAAGCAGGCCCGCUCCCUCUCCAAGUGCGCUGGUUCGCUGAAGACGAGGGCUCUCCACGAGCGCGCUGUUGCCCGCCGCGCCGCCACCGCCGAGCGCCUCCGCAAGGAGCGUGGCAUCACCAAGGCCGUCAAGCACCGCCGUGACCUUACUGCCCUACAGGAGUUCGAGACGGUCAACCACAACAUGACUGGCGUCAACGGCGUCUCCUUUGUUGCCGACUCUUACUUCACCGGCAACACCAGUUGCAUCAUGACCCCUGAGAACACCAUCGGUCCUUACUAUGUCACCGGCGAGCUCAUCCGCCGCGACGUUACCGAGGGACAGGCCGGUGUUCCUCUCCACUUGGACCUCCAGUUCGUUGAUGUCAACACGUGCGAGCCCGUGCCGAACCUGUUCAUCGAUAUUUGGGCCGCCAACGCCACCGGCGUGUACUCCGGAAUCGACGUGUCCAACGGCCAGGGUGGCUUGAACAGCACCUUCCUCCGCGGUGUCCAGGACACCGACGACGAGGGCGUCACUCAGUUCGACACCAUCUUCCCCGGCCACUACUCGGGCCGUGCCACCCACGAGCACGUUGUCGCUCACGUCAACGCCUCGGCCGCCGCCAACGGCACCAUGAUCGGUGGCACCGUCGCCCACAUCGGCCAGCUCUUCUUCGACGAGACCCUCCGCAGCGCCGUCGAGGCCACCACUCCCUACAGCGAGAACACUGUCGAGGCCACCACCAACGACGAUGACAUGUGGGCUCCCUACCAGGCGGACAACAGCUACGACCCCUUCCCGGACUUCAUCUACCUCAACAGCGAGGACAUCACCGACGGUCUCCUUGCCUGGAUCUCCAUCGGCAUCGACGUCACCGCCGACCGUGACUCCAACGCCACUGCUGCGGCUUACCUCGACGCCUCCGGUGGCCACAGCACCGGCAACACUGUCGGCGGCGGCGGCGGCGAUGGUGCUGCCCCCAGCGGCGCCAUGCCCAGCGGCGCCGUGCCCAGCGGCGCUGCCCCCAGUGGCACUGUCUCCAAGCGCUCUUGGUUCGCCGAGAAGAUGUUCAACGGUGCCGCCCGCCUCAUUUAA